CUCGUAGGCAUAGUAAACCGCCCAUAUAGCUAUUCAGGAACAACUCGGUACCUGGCCCUAGAUGAACGCACCUGUCAGCCCUAGCCCGUUUCAUACAGCAAUAGCAUUCUCCAUAGAUAGCGCCAAAAUUUCUCCGGAGGGGGAUAGUCAGGAAGUGGGGGUUGGGACCUUCAACCGUUUGAGUAUCGAUGUCAAAGACGAAGGAGGCCUAUCAAAGUCAAUACCAAAAAGGCGUGGCGAAAAACAGGACGUGACGUCGAUUGGGCAUCCGCAGUAUCCUGAAGCAUCCAGAGUUUUGGUGGAGAUUAAUUAAUAUCCCUUAGGCUGUUCUUCACCCUCGCGAUCUCCGGGGUGCGGGGGAGGCGCAGGAAUCCCGUCAAUUGCAGGCAAGCCCCAGGCUCUGCACGAGAGUUCGGACAACGCCAGUGUUUCGCUUAUCGCCUGACUCGACUUUUGACAGCCAAGAGCGCUCCACAUAGUCAAAAUUCACAAGCAUUCAGCACGGCCAUCUUGGAGAACAGAUCUGAGCCUAUCCCAAAAAGCAUCGAAGUUGUAGCAUCAUCACAGCUGACAGGGGUGUGCCGUGAAGGAUGCCGGUUUGUCGUCGAGAGCGUACCUUGCCGAUCAUUGCCUCUCUG